AUGGGGCUUCUCCCCAAAAAUAAUUCACUGGCUAUACAAUUCGGUAAUCAGACCAAUACUCAUUUAUGGAGUUGUCGUAUGGUAGACUGCACUGGACAAGAUGAACUUAAAGCGACGAUCACAGGCCCAACUGAUUUAUAUGUUAAGACAGGAAGUGAUAUUAAUCUUGCAUGUAAAAUCCUUCAGGGACCACAUGAACUGGGGAAUAUCCUUUGGUAUAAGGGUAACGAAAUAAUUGAUUUAGCAACAAAUCAAAAUGAAAUUGACAACAUCAAUCGAAUAAGUGUGGAUAACGACUGGACGGAAGGAUUAACAUCGAGGUUAAAAAUUCGAAGAGCCAUGCCCAGUGAUACGGGAAAUUACACAUGUGUCCCAACGAUAGCAAAAUCAACUAGCGUUUACGUUCACGUUAUAAUUG